ACUGUACUGUACUCCGACACCCCAACCGCCUGUUCAAAAAUACAGUGCCCGCCUAUAAAGAAUAAAAGGGACCACCGCACCAUUCUGUCACAGACCAGCGUGGAGAGGAGCACUCCUGCGGCGGCUGAGAAGGUUCCGAGAACGAUGAAGCUCAGCCCAAGCAGUUACGCUAAGUACUGCCAUUAUCCCAGUCAGAUAAACGAUGAAGUCCUAAGGAAUAUAUGCUUCCAAGGUCCGUUAACCAAGGAGCACCAAGUUCUAGAAGUAGGAUGCGGUACAGGACACUUCACGCGGCAAUUUCUGCUGCCUCACUGCCAACCUUGUAGAAGGGUAGUGGCCACAGACCUGCUGCCUGACAUGGUCGAGUUCGCGCGCGAACACUGUUCGCAUGAGAGCAUCGUCCACGACGUCCUGGAUAUCACCACUCCCGACUUGAAGCCGUUCCUGGAAACGUAUGGAAAGUUCGACAGGGUCUUCUCGUUCUUGGCGUUCCACAUGAUUCAGGACCAAAGGGCAGCGUACGCGAACAUCGCCAAGUUGCUGAACGACGGAAGCGAAUGCCUGGUGGUCGCUUUCUCCAGCUUCGAUUUUGUAGACGUAUGGGAAGAUGUGUACAGGACACCAAAAUGGAAAGGCCAGAUACCGGAGCCACGAACAAUUGUCAACGCCUCUUUCGACUUCGAUUGCGUCAAGUCAGCAGCCAAGACUGAAGCCGAAAUCAGAGACACAUUACGUGGAAGCGGGUUGGAAUGCAUCUCCUGCGAAGUGCGUGAUGGUUCGUGGAAGUAUGACAGCAUGGAUUCUCUUCUCGACAUGGUCCUGACAGUUCUUCCCUUCAAGGAGGCAGUCGCCCCCGAAGAGAGGGAGGAAUUCAGCAAUUUGUGGGCAGAACUGAUGCACCGAAAGUUGCGCACGUUCCCGGGAGAGCCAAUAGUAAUGAAAUUUGUGUUCUACGUCGUUCACGGCCGUCGGUCCUCUGGGUGAAAUACAGAACUUCCAAUGGGCGUCACAGUCUUUGAGAAUAAAUUUUAAGUCCAAUA